AUGUGGGGGGGGCCAUUUGAGAGCUUAACUGAAGUUAACAAUGCUAUUGAGCUCUACCUUAGGGGCCGCCAGGAGGAGCAAAUGUUUGUGGGAUUAUCUGGAGUGGAGCUUGCUGUACAAAAGUGCCUUUACUGGCCUGAUGGCAGAAGGAAAAAACAUUUGGCGUCCCAACCAAUUGAUACAACCCGUGAUUUUAACCGCCAGCUGGUUGAAGCUCUGGUGGACAAGUAUAAUGAGGAUCACAACCUUUUCGGGGACCUUGCAUAUGAAUUCAAAGAUAUUAUGUGCUGCCAAUCAAUUAGAGAUAGUAGGUUUUACGAUCAUAUCAAUUUCACUGCGAAGGUUAAAGGAGCUGAUGAUUUGAACUGCUGCACUGACAAACUAUUCUUCGCUGAAGUCAUGUAUAAUCAAUCAUCCAGUGAAUUGUUUGUCAUCUGUUUAUGUGUGCUGGAUCCUACUGCUAAUGGUUACUGUUAUGGUUGUCACCGUAAUGGAAGUCCUGACAUGAAGCAGCCAAGUCCUGGUUACAUGGCUGGCCACACAAGUAAUGUGUCUGGUAGAUCUAAGAUAAACCGCGGAAAGUUUGAUGAUGAGGACAAUGAGGACGAGCUGGAAGCUCAGAAUGCUAGGUUACGAUGGAUGUUUGGGGGCUCAUCUGAGCUGAAGCAAAUCAGGGACCCACAUGAGGCAGAGGGAUGA